AUGCACGCAGAACCAUCCAGGACGGCCACAUGCGGCUGCGAUGCAGCGGCGCCCGCGCUUGGCGGCGCCGUUGACGAUGCCGACCCACGCCCGUACGGCGGUGGCGGAUGGCAGGUCGCGGCGCCGCCGGCCGCAAAGCGCGCGCGGACCGAGAGCGGCAGCAGCAGCCUAGGCGCGGUGCCACCCGCCGGGGUGGAGGCCGGUCCCUUGGAGAGCCUAGACCCUGCGGCAAUUGCGACGCUCGUACAGCUGCUGCUGGCACAUCCGCAGACGCAGCAGCAGCAGCAGCAGCAGCAGCAGCAAGUUCAGCAGCAACUUCAGCAGCAACUUCAGCAGCAACUUCAGCAGCAACUUCAGCAGCAACUUCAGCAGCAACUUCAGCAGCAGCAGCAGGCGCAGCUGCUGCUGCAGCUGCUGCAGCAGCAGCAGCAGCGUCUGCAGCAGCGGCAUCAGCAGCAGCAGCAGCAGCAGCAGCAGCAGCGUCUGCUGCUGCUGCGCCAGCUGCAGCAGCAAGCGCCACCCCACGCCGGCGGCUUUGCGCCGCUGUUUGCAUUGUGCGCAUGGCGGCCCGUGCGCCUUGCGGCACAGCCCGCUGCAUCCCCACCCGCGCCCGGGGCGGCGGCGCCGACGACGGAUGAGACACAGCGGCACGUGAUAAGCGUGUGGGGCCAUGCCGUCAGCUCCCUGCGGACACCCGGCCCCCCCACGCAGCCGCCGCCGCAGGUGCUGCCGCAGCUUCGCCUCGCCGCCGCUGCGGCCGUGCGGCUGCCGGGCGGGCCGCUCCUCCCCGAGCCGCGCCUGCCUUGCGGCGAGCUCGGCGGCGCCGGCGCCUGCGGGCCCCACAGCUAUGAGUCGGGGCUGACGGUGCGCACCCACCUCCAGGGCGCCCACAACAGCGACGCCUGCGGCGGCACCAGUGGCAGCGGCGGCAGCAACGCCAGCGGCGCCAGCGGCGCCAGCCUUCCGCUGGUGCUGCAAACGCCGCCCGGGCCGCUGCAAGCCGCGGCGCUCCCGCUGCAGCCGCAGCUGCCGCAGCAGCAGCAGCAGCCGGCGCCUCUCGUCCUCGAUCUGCGGGGGCCCUCCCACCGCAGCGGCGCCUUCUCGCGCGACUUUUCCGCGGCCGCCGCCCCCGCGUGCCCCCCGCCGGCGGCAGCGCCGGCACCGCCGCAGCCGCAGCCGCAGCCGCGCGCGGCAUUCGCGCCCGAGGCCGCGGCGCAGAGCGGCGGCGGCGACACGGCGAUGAUUGUUUCGGCCCUUCUGGCGAGCCUCGUCAGCGCCGCCGGCGCUGGCGCUGGCGGCGCCCCCACCACGGGCGUGUGA